AUGUCUAUCACUUCCUUCAAAUCCCUCACAAUGGCCAAAUCCUGUUUACUCUCUCAACCCUCCCUCUUCUACUCCAAAACCAAAUCCCCAUUCAUCUCAAACUCCGCCAAGCCUUUCAAAAUCCAAAACCCUACGUAUAAUUCAUCUAGGGUUUCGCACUCUCUUUCCCUCAGUACUGGUAAGAGAAGAACCCGUUACUCUUCGUUGCUGACAUCUGUGGCGCAGACUUCGGACUGGGCUCAGCAGGAAGAGAAGGAGGGUGGAGCUACAUGGGAGAAUCAAGGGGAGCCUACGUGGGGAAGUGAGACUGAGAGUGCUGAUGCUGAUGCUGAUGCUGAUGCUGAUGCUGAUGGUGAUGGUGAGGUUGAGGGUUACGAGGAGGAACCACCGGAGGAAUUGAAGAUUUUUGUUGGGAAUUUGCCGUUUGAUGUUGAUAGUCAGAGAUUGGCUGGGCUUUUUGAAGAGACUCCGGGGACUGUUGAGACUGCUGAGGUUAUUUAUAACAGGGAUACUGACAGAAGUCGGGGAUUUGGAUUUGUGACGAUGAGUACGGCUGAAGAACUUGAGAGGGCUGUGAACAAGUUCAGUGGCUAUGAGCUAGAUGGAAGAUCGUUGACAGUUAAUAAAGCCGCUCCAAGAGGAGCACCAAGACCUGAGCGCCCACCACGUGCCUUUGAUUCCUCUCUACGAAUCUAUGUUGGUAACUUGCCAUGGGAGUUUGACAAUGGUCGCUUGGAGCAACUCUUCAGCGAACACGGUAAGGUUGAGAGCGCUCGUAUAGUCUAUGACAGAGAGACAGGCCGGUCACGCGGUUUUGGCUUUGUUACAAUGACCGAUGAGGCUGAAAUGAAUGAGGCCAUUGCUGCUCUUGACGGUCAGAGCUUGAACGGAAGGGCGAUCAGAGUGAAUGUUGCUGAGGAAAGGCCUAGGCGUAACAACUACUGA